ACCGGAAUGGGCGACAAUGCGUUUGAAUUCAUCAAGACCAACCGGAUUCCAGCCCCUUUCAUUGGCAUGAUCAUAAUCCAAUCAGUCUUCAUCGUUGCUGAUCGCGCGCUUUUCCUACGGAGACAAGUUCUUGGAAAGUUCAUUUUCCAGAUCUUCCACGUCAUUCUAAUCCACAUUUGGCUAUUCUUCGUGUUGCCGCAGAUCACUCUGGCGCCCUUCCGUUCGGGAUUCGCGCGCUCUCUGCUUUACCUCGUCAAGUGUCUCUACUUUGGUUUAUCGGCCUACCAAAUUCGCAGCGGUUACCCACAACAUAUUUUGGGCAACUUCCUGACAAAGAACUACAACUACAUCAACUUGGUUCUUUUCAAAGCGUACCUCAUAAUGCCAUUCCUGUACGAGCUGCGUAGCGUCAUGGACUGGAUGUGGACCGACAGCCCCCUCUCGCUGUAUCAUUGGAUGGAACUGGAAGAUAUCUAUGCGAAAGUCUUCCUAAUGAAGUGUUGGCGUCGGUCCGAAAUCGCCUACCCUACCCCCCUAGGCCAAAGGCGGAGCAUCGUUACGAAGUACACUGUCGGUCUUUUGCUCCUGCUGUUUGCAUUCCUCUGCUUCUGGGGUCCCCUGGCUGUCGGUUCCUUCAUUGAUACCACAUUCGUCAUCAAUGUACCGGUCGAGUGUUUUCAAAUGCUGUCUCUUGGUGGAUUUCCGGUAAUUGUUUUUCUUCUGCCUCUUUUCCCUUAA